AUUCCAGAACACAGCCUCAGCACCUUCCUUCUUCUCCGUCUCGUCGUCCCUUUCCAUUUCCUCUCCCAUUUAUGUCCCCGCUUCAGGUCUGCCAAAUAAACCCCCGAAAAGCAGGAGAGCGAGACCCGGAAGUGGAAGACUAGGGUUAGGGUCCCAGCUCCGCCGUUGUCUGGGCGAGUCGAGACAUGGCCGGCCCUGCCCCCGCCGUUGCAGCCAGUGCCGCCGCCUCACAGUCGCCGCCGAUGCAGCUGCCGUCGCCGUUCGCGGAGCUAGUCAAGGGUUCCUCCGGCCUCGAGAAGAUCGUGCUUCGCGGCGCUCGCAACUGCUGUGCCGAGAUCUAUCUUUAUGGAGGUCAAGUAACAUCAUGGAAGAAUGACAAUGGGGAAGAGUUGCUUUUUCUCAGCAGCAAGGCUAUUUUCAAACCUCCAAAAGCUAUUCGUGGUGGUAUACCAAUUUGCUUUCCCCAAUUUGGAACACAUGGAAAUCUUGAGCAACAUGGAUUUGCUAGGAACCGGUUUUGGACUAUCGACAACAACCCACCCCCUUUACCAGUAAACCCUGCUAUUAAGGCUUAUGUUGAUCUGAUUUUGAAGCCUUCUGAAGAGGAUUUAAAGAUCUGGCCCCACAGUUUUGAAUUUCGCUUGAGAGUUUCUCUUGGACCUUCUGGAGAUCUGAGUCUCACAUCCCGAAUCAGGAAUACCAACACAGAUGGAAGACCUUUCUCUUAUACAUUUGCAUAUCACACAUACUUCUCUGUCUCUGACAUAAGCGAGGUGCGUGUCGAAGGGCUGGAAACAAUGGACUACCUUGACAACUUGAAGGCAAAGGAGCGUUUCACGGAGCAAGGCGAUGCUAUUGUUUUUGAAUCAGAAGUUGAUAAAGUUUAUCUUGCCGCACCCUCUAAAAUUGCCAUCAUUGAUCAUGAGAAGAAAAGAACAUUUGUCGUGACAAAAGAAGGGCUUCCUGAUGCUGUUGUUUGGAACCCUUGGGACAAGAAGGCAAAAGCAAUGCAAGAUUUUGGGGAUGCAGAAUACAAGAGCAUGCUGUGUGUGGAGCCUGCAGCUGUUGAGAGGCCUAUUACUCUGAAACCUGGGGAAGAGUGGAAAGGAAGGCUUGUGCUUUCAGCUGUUCCUUCGAGUUACUGUAGCGGACAGUUAGAUCCAUCGAAGGUCCUUCAGGGUUGAAAAUCCUCACUUUCUGCAUCUUGUACAGAAGUUCAUUGCCCUUAAUAUUUGAUGCUGGGCUGGCGUCAACGCCGCAUGUUCCUUUUGCCAUUUCCACCCCCUAUAUUUCUGGUCCCUUUUGUAUCUAGAAUUUGAGUGAUAGGUUGAUUCCGAAUAACAGUCUGUGAUUUGAGCUUAGGAUUGGGUCAUCUCAUCGAUGAAUGAUACCGCUGGACAAAAUGCUGGCGUACGUGUCAGUUUCAUAAAUCAUUCUUCUCAUAAAUUCUUUAGCAUGUACUUCGUAGUUGAUC